AUGCCCAGCACAACCCACAAAAUUCCUAUACAGUCAUGGCUUACGAUCUUCACCGGCAACGGCGUCGCGCCCAGAACUGCUAUGAUGUUCGCUCGUCAGAUGUACAAAACGCACAACACACCUGAGAAACUCUCGCUUCUGUCCGAACCUGAGCUUGAGGACCUUGGAAUCACGGACAAGCAGGAACGGAAGCAACUGUUGGCUGCACUUCACAAGGCGGGAUAUAAGCAAACACGAGGGGCGAAGCGAUCGUUCAAAAAAGCUGACCAGGCUCAGGCUGAAGGUUCGAAGUCUGCAGGGGUUUCGGUUAGUGGACCAUACAAGAAGCGGAAAGUAGAGCCUGACGUGAAUGAGUUGCUACCAAAGGGACCUGUCGACGAGGGCGCCGAUUACGGCAGCUUCGAAUUCAAUGAGGUGCUCGAUGAGGAGGUCUUGAGGUCCAAGUCUGCGGUCGUUAACCGAGCUCCCCUCAUGACCGCCUGGGCAACUGUUGUUGCCGAAGCCCUAGGAUUUCAACGGGAGGAAGCUCUGAGCAUCGCAAGCGUAUACACAGAGAUGAAUGCUAUUUCCAAGGGUGUCAGUAUCGGCGUAUUCAGGCAAGGCAAAGCAGUCGGGAUCGAGGCCAGUGAGGGUGGUUCGCAGCCUUUUGUCGACUUGAUGGGAAGGAAGAUCCCACUGUAUCGAACGCAUGAUUCUGAAGACGCCUCUUGGCGCGCCUUGAAUGCGGGGGUUCCCGCUUCGCCAUCCAGCGCCUACUCAUAUAUCCAGCGAUCGUUUCGUCAGACCUUGCCAUACGUUAUGGGGGCUCUCAGACUCCUGGCGAACAACUACAGCGAUCGAUCAGCGGAACUAAACAAGGCCGGAUUUGCGCUGUACGCCGAGUUCAGACCGGAGAAUGUGGGCUGGGGCGAGCGCGGGAAGGUAUCAUGCGAGACGAUCCUGUCGCUGAGGAAGGAGUCUGAAGCAACGAAAGCGCACGACGUCGACGAGAAAUUGAAACAUGCGGACGCCGGGAACGAUGCAGGUCAUCACGAACCCCCAGGUUCGAAGGAUACCCAGGAUUCGAAGGACUUAACGUCUGACGAAUACGAGGCGGCGUUCGACGAGGACACGAGUUGGAUGCUGGCUGUAGGUGACUAACGGUGCGACGAACGGUCAUCUUGGUAAUGAACGAUCUCGUACGAAGGGUAUAUACAUAUACAGUAAUAUAGUGAUCACUUCG